CAGCACCAGGAAGUGGCGGCAGGGCUGCGGCGGGAGCGGAGCGGGGCCGGCGGGACCCCCGCGGCGGGAGCGGAGCGGUGAGCGGGGCCGGGAGAGCGGUGAGCAUGAUCCCGGGGCAGGGGCCGGUGCUGCAGUCGGUGCUGGGGACGUUCCUCACCUGGGGGCUGACAGCAGCUGGCUCAGCGCUGGUGUUUGUGUUUUCCAGCGGCCAGAGGCAGAUCCUGGAUGGCAGCUUGGGCUUUGCUGCAGGGGUCAUGCUGGCUGCUUCCUACUGGUCCCUGCUGGCCCCAGCCAUCGACAUGGCCGAGGACUCGGGCAGCUUUGGAGCCUUUGCCUUCCUCCCUGUGGCUUUGGGCUUUGUCCUGGGAGCAGCUUUUGUGUACUUGGCCGACCUGCUCAUCCCAGCACUGGGUUUCAGUGGAUCCCCCCACGCAGCCUUUGCCUUGAGCUGCGACCAACGAGCUGGGAAAGAAAAACACGAGCACGAGUCUGCCCAUCAGCUGGACUGCAGGAGCGAGCUGUCCAUCAGGAUAGGUAGAGCUGGGCUCCAUCCAGACAAAGGAGAGAAUGGGGAGCCCUACCAGAGGAGGAAGGGCACAGGGGCCAACCUGCCAGAGAGCCCCUUGGCCUUCCCUGCAGCCAGAGACACGGCGCCACCACCCAGCAGCAGCAGCUGGAGGAGGAUUUUGCUGAUGAUCCUGGCCAUCACCAUCCACAACAUCCCAGAGGGGCUGGCAGUGGGAGUUGGAUUUGGGGCUGUUGGAAAAUCUGCAUCUGCCACGUUCCAGAGCGCCAGGAACUUAGCCAUUGGGAUUGGGAUUCAGAACUUCCCCGAGGGCCUGGCUGUCAGCCUCCCGCUGCGAGGAGCAGGAUUCUCCCCCUGGAGAGCCUUCUGGUACGGGCAGCUGAGCGGGAUGGUGGAGCCCUUGGCCGGCGUCGUCGGAGCCUUCGCCGUGGUGCUGGCUGAGCCUCUGCUGCCCUAUGCCUUGGGCUUUGCUGCUGGAGCCAUGGUCUACGUGGUGAUGGAUGAUAUCAUCCCUGAGGCACAGACCAGUGGCAAUGGGAAGUUGGCCUCCUGGACCUCCAUACUGGGCUUUGUGGUGAUGAUGUCCCUGGAUGUUGGGCUGGGGUAGGGCAGCAGGGCUGCUGCUCAGGACACGCCGGAGCCGUCAGUGCAGCGUUUGCAGCUGGACUCACCCUCUCCUCUGGACUUCCUUAUGUAUAUAUGGGGGAGGGUUUGGAUCUGGUUUGGUGUUGAUCUGCUAUGAUUUUAUAUCUCUUCCUCCCCUCCAAUGGCUUCCAAAGCAGCAGGAGGGGUGGUUGCUCACAGGUCCUGGUUCCCUUUCACCACCAGAUCCUCUGUUCCUCUCGGGAGGCUGCUGGACGACGCCUCGGCCACGCUGCAGCUCACCCUCUCCUUUCCCCUCCUGGGCUGGCUUCUCUCACUCAGCUCCCUCUCAGUUCCUUAGAACAUGACAAGUGCAUUGUUGAGGGUGGGCUGUGGUUAAGUACCCAGGAGCUGGGUGGAGGAACCUCCUUGCAGAGCCUGGGUUUGGUGGGAGGCGUCGGGGCCGUGCUGGUGUGCAGCACCGUGGGAUCACAGGGCUCCUGUCUCCUGCUGGACCUUGGGAAGGGUUUGGGGGGUUUGUUGGGAUGGAUGCAAACAGCCCAGCCAAAUAAACAUGACUUCUCUUGGGAUCUGUGUAAGAAGGGAAUGGCAUUUCUUCCUGAGCAGGGCAUUGAGCCAAUGCACUGUCCAACCCCCCAGUAGCAGGAUCUUGCUGUUUUCCAGCAUGUUCUGCCUGAAAAGGCAAAGUGUGGGCACCCCUCUUGCUGAUGUGUACAGCAGGGCCCCAUUCUGUGUGGGCCCAGAGGCUCAGCCCUCCCUGAGGGGGCAGUUUGGCCUUUUCCUGCUCACACCUCACCCUUGAGCAGCGCUGGGAGCUGGGGCAGGGCGUGUGCUGGGAGCUCUGGUUGUGCUGGGAUGAAAUAAUUCAUCAGGGUGAAUGAGUUAUCCUGCUGAAGAGCCACAGACAUGCAUAUGUGUGCUGCCUCUUCACCCACUGCUUUCCAAGCAUCUCCUGUUCCUGAGCAGGCAGGAUUUGGCCCUUUUCAGGCUGAGGAUCGAGUCCUGCCCAUCCCUCCCUGUGCCUGGGACACGCUCCAGCAAGGAGCAGAAUGCCCCAUGGAGGGAUGCUGCAAACCUCCCCUGCCCCUGCACCAAGGGUGCUUCUGCCUGCAGGGAAAAGGGGGUUGGCAGACCCUUCAGUGGGAAUAUCUGGAUCUCUUGGCUGUGCCAGAGGCCCUCUGCAGCCACAGGCUCUGGGGAGAGGGGCUGUGGGUGCUGGGUUGGGUAAAUGCAGCUGGAGCUGUGCUGGUUUGCUUCAUCUCAUUGGGGUUUUGGUUGGAUCUCAUUUGUACUUCAUUUGUGUGUCACUGGAUGAGGCAGAAGUGCAGUUUGCCAAUGGAUUUGACCUUUGAACUGUGAUUGGUUUCAA